CCCCUCUCACCUGUCUCCUUCUCUUACAGGAGGGCAGUACUAGCUGGGAGAAGGCAGAUCUUGGAAAUGAGGAACGGAGGCAGAAAUUCCUGCGGCUGAUGGGGGCCGGAAAGAAAGAACACACGGGGCGACUCGUCAUCGGAGACCACAAGUCCACGUCCCACUUCAGGUCAGGAGACGAGGAUCGCAAGAUGAAUGAUGAACUGGAGCAUCAGUACCAGCAGAGCAUGGACAGCACCAUGUCCGGGAGGAACCGGCGGCACUGCGGGCUGGGGUUCAGUGAGCCGGCUGCAGCGGUAGAGAAGACGCAGUCUCCUCCGCAGGACCCCCUGCAGGCAGAGGAAUCCUCCGACUCCAACUCCAGUGACUCUGAAUCGGAAAAGGAGAGCGAGGACCGAGCCGAAAGCCCCACCGCCACCAAGAAGAGCGAGGACCGAACCAAAAGCCCCACCGCCACCAAGAAGAGCGAGGACCGAACCAAAAGCCCCACCGCCACCAAGAAGAGCGAGGACCGAACCAAAAGCCCCACCGCCACCAAGAAGAGCGAGGACCGAACCAAAAGCCCCACCGCCACCAAGAAGAGCGAGGACCGAACCAAAAGCCCCACCGCCACCAAGAAGAGCGAGGACCGAACCAAAAGCCCCACCGCCACCAAGAAGAGCGAGGACCGAACAGCGACCGAGGAGAGCGACGACAGCGACAAGAAGGCCCGGGCCAACUACAAGAUGCAGUUUGUCAAGUCCAGCGGAUUCUGACCCCGUAGAUUUUUUGUGGGGUGCGAUUUCCCCAGGGGCCCCCCCCAGUGUGGACAGGAAAGGUAAAUGCAGAAACAUUUCUGCAGCGGAGCUCCCCCAUAACGUGGUCUACACUGGGGUCCGGAGCCUGGCAGAGGGUAACGCUCAGGGAUGAUACGGUUCAUAGGGCCCUGUGGAUGGACCUGCUGGGACGAGGACUGUUCUACCGCGGUCGCACGCGUUGCAGUGUUUUUUAGCGGAUGAUGGGGGUGACGCUCGCAGGUUUAUUUUUUAUACUUAUUCUGUGGAAACUACAUUUUCUUCAUUUGGAGAUUUAAUUUUAAUUUUUUUUUUGGCUUUUGUGGUUGAAAUAAACCUGGAACGAGGUGGCGGUUUUUCUCAAUGGUUGAAUGGUCACCGUGUUGGAUACUGCGGUCAUGUGAAGGUGGAAUGAUCCACUUUGUUUCUGGGAAAGCUGGGUGACGCCCAACAUGGCUGCCCUCACUGGCCCUAUGGUGGGUUAUCACCCAGCUUUCCCACCUAUGGAUAUUUUUUUGUAAACAUUGUGUAGUUCCCAAACUGUGUGACUCCAGCUGUUGCAAAACUACAACUCACAGCAUACCCAGACAGCCGAAGGGCUGUCUGUCGGUUUUAUAGCAUCCACACUGUCUCUGAAAGGUAAUUGAAGGCUUCCCACUCAUCGUAGCAGCCCGGGCAUGCUGGGAGUUGCCUCUAGAACAGUGUUUUGCAACCAGGGUACCUCCAGCUAUUGCAAAACUCCCAGCAUGUCUGGACAGCUGAAGGCCUGUCUGCCUUCUCCAUUGCAUCCACACUGUCCCUGAAAGGUAAUUCAAGGCUUCCAUCUCAUCUCAGCAGCCCAGCCAUGCUGGAAAUUGUCUCUAGGGCAGUGUUUCGCAACUAAGGUGCGUCCAUCUGUUGCAAAACUAAAACUCCAGCAUGCCCGGAAAGCCAAAGGCUGUCCGGGCAUGCUGGGAGUUGUAGUUUUGCAGCAAUUCUGUGUAAGUUUGAAUCAUGUGACAUAUGUCUGUGACAAUAGAAACCUGGCCAGGAUACGUUUCACAUGGUUAGGGACCAUACGGACGCAGUCACAUGUCAUAGGUGUCCGCCCCUCGGCAAUACCAGUUCCUAUUGACACAGAGCGAUGGAGUCCGGCAGCCAUAUUGUCUAUGCCCCGGGCUGAUUGUAUAUGUAUAUUGUUAUGUAACGUAAUUGGCAGUGAGGUUGUAUUGUGACUUGACACCAGUCGCCAUCAUUGACCUCAAUGCAGAUCGUGUCCCGCCUCGUCCUCCUGGCCAUUGUGUCUCAUAGUCCCAGCUGUCAUAAAGAUGACGACAAAUUGCGCAAACGUUUUGGUUACACAAUCUAAAGUAUAUUCUGAAUGGUGUAGAUUAAAAAAUAAAUAA